UGGAACUUGCUUACUGAACGAGAUGAGUAGAAUGCUAGCUGCAUCUUUUAAGCAUCAUUAUGAAUGACUGCUUACGUUUUAUUGUUUGUCUUAAACGCGUUAUGCGACCUUCUCUCCUUAUUCACUUCAGAAAGCAGUUCCAGAGCCUCUAAGAUAAGACAGUUAUCUAUGCAAAAGCGAAUGUUUAUCCUGGCGUGGAAUACCGGUCACUGAUUAGGCCAUUGUUGUCAGAAAUGGCUGUUUCGGAGUGGCGUUUGUCGUUGAAGCUAAUGGACCAACCUUUCCUUCCAAAGUCAGUGCUUCAGUUUCCAGAGACAGAACUUGGCGACGUUUUUCCUGGAGAGUAUCGGGUUGCGACUCUCAAGCAACUUGUUUCAGUGCAGUUACCAGAUGUGAUUCCGGAUCCAGAGCUUAUAGAGCUGGUGUACUGUGGCAGAAAACUGAGGGAUGAGCUCACCUUAGACUCUUAUGGGAUCCAGUCAGGAUCUACUAUACACAUCCUGAGGAAGUCAUGGCCAGAACCUGAGAUCCAGCCUGAGCCUGUCGACAUGGUAACAGCUUUGAGAGAAUUCCGUGUCCUUCAGGCAGCUCUUCACAACAGCACAGCCUACAGAGACUCGGUUUUUAAAAUGCUGAACAACAAGGAGUCUUUGGAUCAGAUCAUUGUGGCAACACCUGGUCUGAGUAGUGAUCCAAUGGCCCUAGGUGUCCUUCAAGACAAGGAUCUCUUUGUGCAAUUCACAGAUCCCAGCAUGCUUGACAUGUUGAUUAACUCUCACCCAGCCCUAGUUAAUGCCAUUAUUCUGGUGCUGCAUUCUGUAGCUGGCAGUGUGCCCAGCCAGCAGAGUGCCAGUUCCUCCCGAAAUGUGUCCUCCAAUUCAUACAGUGACAUGCCAGGAGGUAUUCUCUUUGAAGGCAUGUCUGAUGAUGAGGAAGAGUUCCAGUCGGAGGGAAGUCAUGGGCUGGCGUCCUCCAGUUCUGCAGGCUCUUCGGGUUUGAGGCCUGCUACUUUGGGGUAUAGUGGAGCAGUGGGGCCCAGACCCAUCACUCAGACUGAGCUUGCCACUGCUCUGGCCCUAGCCAGCACUCCAGACAACACUGCUGUUGCACCCACUGUAGGCAACCAGGGUGCUUCUUCAGGAGUUUCCCCUAUGCCGACAGGAACUCCUAUAACAAAUGACCUCUUUAACCAGGCACUGCAGCAAGCCUUACAGGUGUCUAGCAUAUCUUCUCUGCAAAGUCAGUGGCAAUUCCAAAUCCAGCAGCUGCAUGACAUGGGCAUUCAGGAUGAAGAGCUAAUCCUGCGAGCCCUACAGGCCACUGGGGGAGACAUACAAGCUGCCCUGGAGCUCAUUUUUGCAGGAGGAGCUCCAUAGGUCCUUCCAGUCCACACUUGAAAUCACUAGGAAACAAUCCCUGACGUAGCUGAUGGUUUUACUUGAAAUCACAUUUUACGAUAAUGAAGAGCUGGAGCACUGCUGUACAAUGUUUGUAUAGUUACAUUUCAUGGUGACUUAUUCUGUCUGUAAAAUACAAGCUGUUUGCACCUUCUCCCUCACAUACCAAUGUUUUAUUUAUUUUAUUGACAUUUAUUAUGUGAACAGAAUUAUGUCAAAUGAUCCACUCAUGUUAAUAUUUGUAUUAAAUAACUUGUGUGACCAGUCAGUAA